GUGUCAAGGGGCAGUGCUUCAGUCGGGGUGGAGCUGCUUAAAAGGCCUGGGAUCACACCCUUUGGGAACACAUCCAAGCUUAAGACGGUGGGGUCAGCUUCACAUUCUCAGGAACUCUCCUUCUCCGGGCCACGGAAUUAACCCGAGCAGGCAUGGAGGCCUCUGCUCUCACCUCAUCAGCAGUGACCAGUGUGGCCAAAGUGGUCAGGGUGGCCUCUGGCUCUGCCGUAGUUUUGCCCCUGGCCAGGAUUGCUACAGUUGUGAUUGGAGGAGUUGUGGCCAUGGCGGCUGUGCCCAUGGUGCUCAGUGCCAUGGGCUUCACUGCGGCGGGAAUCGCCUCAUCCUCCAUAGCAGCCAAGAUGAUGUCCAUGGCGGCCAUUGCCAAUGGGGGUGGAGUUGCCUCGGGCAGCCUUGUGGCUACUCUGCAGUCACUGGGAGCAACUGGACUCUCCGGAUUGACCAAGUUCAUCCUGGGCUCCAUUGGGUCUGCCAUUGCGGCUGGCAUUGCGAAGUUCUACUAGCUCCCUGCCCCUCGCCCUGCAGAGAAGAGAACCAUGCCAGGGGAGAAGGCACCCAGCCAUCCUGACCCAGCGAGGAGCCAACUAUCCCAAAUAUACCUGGGAUGAAAUAUACCAAAUUCUGCACCUCCAGAGGAAAAUAAGAAAUAAAGAUGAAUUGUUGCAACUCUU